AUGGUCGCUGGCUUCGCAACAACUGCAACAAUGUUAGCAUUUUCAACUUAUAUUUUAUCUACAGAAGCUGAAGUUCACAAAAAACUACAAGCAGAAAUUGAUGAACAUUGGCAAGACAACAAAAAGGAACUCAAUUAUGAUGUAAUUGCUAAUAUGUCAUAUAUGGAUUUAUUUUUACGCGAAGUACUUCGGAUGUACUCAUUCUCAGGCAGAACAUCAACUAAUCUGACUUCUCAUUGUUCAGGUACGAUAAUUAUGCCGGACGUCUACUCGGUUCAUCACAAUGUCGAUCUCUGGGGCCCAGAAGAUGUUAAUCUUUUUAUUCCCGAACGUCAUGUCGUAAAACGUCAUCCUGCGGCCUUACUAACAUUUGGUGUUGGACCUCGAAAUUGUGUAGGAAUGAGAUUCGCUGUGAUGGUACUAAAAAUAUCUUUGGCAUGUUUAUUACAUACAUAUAAUAUUUUACCUGGUGAAAAGAUUCGUCAAGGAAUGAGUCUACGAGAAACGAAUGUAACUGCACCUGAAGCCAUCAAUGUACGUCUUGAAAAACGAAUACAAUAG